AUGGGAUUCAAGCUGUUCGAAUUCGUUCCUCCGUCGGACGACUACGAGUCCGACGGCGAUGACGCCGGGGCUCGUGUGGGGCGAGUUCCGCCGUGGAACGGUGAGCGUGCCGCUGAGAUCAAUGGGGCGGCGGGCGGCGCGGUCGAGGCGGGAGCUCCUGCUCUAGCAGCAGCCCCGUCGUCGGCACCGGAUGGCGGUAAAGAGCAGCCUCUUCAAGGCGGACCGCCGUACGACGAAGUACUCUUCCCUCUCUGGCCACGGGGCGACGGGUCGGAUCCCUGCGACUCCUGGGCGCCCGUGGACGGCCCGGGGAGCCUGCACCCUCUCAUAGAAGCCGCGUGCGACGUGGCAGUGGACGAGCUCGCCGACGCCAUCCUGGGCCUGCCUGGCACGUCGCCGCUUCAAGCCGAGAUCCACACGGCGACGAAACACAGGAACGUCGAGGAGACGCAGUGGGCGCCGAGGACGCCGGCGGGGAUGGAGUGGGAGCGGAUGGUGUCGUUCUUCGAGGGCGGUGGGUACAGGGUGCGAGAGUGCCAGCGGUGGCUGGUGAAGCGGCCGGGAGUGCUGCACGUGUUCACGGCCUCGGUGCAGACGUUCGCGCCUUACUGCGACAAGAUGCGCACGAUGCUGCUGUACGAGAUGGUCGGCAUCGGGCCGCAGAAGACUCUUUUGCGCAUCCGGUACUACACCAAGUUCAUAGCGCCGGUCAACGGCAUGCUCCGCGGCAUCAUCAACAACGGAGCAGGGAAGGGGCUUCGCAACAGUUUUGCGGCCAGCAAGGGCGUCAUCUACGCACGAUACCCGUGCACCGACGACGCGGCGACCCUGGCGUCAGCUUGGGCGCAGGCUCGCGGCGUCCUGUCCCCUGGCGCACCAGCAGCAGCUGCAGUACCAGCGGUGCCAGCCGUCAAGGCGCCACCUCCGAGAGCGCCGCCCAGCACGACGGCGAUACUGGCGGCCGCCGUUGUCGCGGGUGUCGCGGUGGGCUCCGUGGCGUACUGGCUGAGCUCGACGCCCGAGCGGCGCUCCAUGGUGUCGGCGUGGAGGUCCACCAUCACAGACGCUGCUCUCGCGGUGCGCAACCCGUUCAACCUUGGUCUGGCGUCGACGGCGCAGCAGUGA